AUGCUCACAACAGCCCCCCACCUCUACAUCCGCCGGCCCUCCCCCACAACCGCCGAGUUCACCGUCACCACCUGCCCGCCUCUGAACCUCCCGCUCCGCCUGCUCUUCCUCCUCAUCCACCUCGCCCGUCUCCUCCUCGCCGCAGCCGCCGUCCUCACCCUCUACGCCCGGUUUCUCUUCGACCCUGCCGCCAUCCCCAAUCAACCCAACUCCCCUCGACCCAACACCCCAUCCGGCCAGCCAGACACGUUAAACGGGGCAGGAGUAGACGAAGCCCUAACCCACCUCCGCGCGGGCCAAAUCCCCCUGUUCCUCACCACCCUCCUCACAAGCGCGCACCUUUCCCCGGCAGGUCUCACCCUCGCCCAUUUUACGGCGCCACUACCCGACUGGGCGCUGGCCCUAGCCGGUAUGACUGUCUUAUAUGCCACGCUGGUGCGGUUUCGCUCUUUGCAUACGACUGAGUCGGUACUCGUGUUGAGGGGGUUGGGGAUUCAGAUUUGUAGGAUGAUUGGAGGCGGUGGGGGCAGGGAGACGAGGUUUAUACCGACGGAGAAGAUACGGGAUGUGUUGAUUAAUGAGGCGUUUCGGGGGUUUGAGGUGAGGUAUUAUCUUGUGGUGGUGGUUGAGGGCGAGGAGGAUGUGGUGGUGCUGUUUCCGGGGUUGUUGCCGAGACGGAAGAUCGUGGAGGCGGUUUGGAGGGGGGUUAGGGGGUGUUUGGAGGAGGGGAGUACCAGUACCGGCCAGGGGAGUACGGGGAAGGGUAGUCAGGGGAAGGGUAGUCAGGGGAAGGGGAAAGGGGGUUGA